AUGGGAUUGCUCACCUUGUAUGAAACUCAAGAUAGGAGAUGUGAUGUUUUGCAAAUGGUGGCUUUUGUCCUAUGGCGGAUUUGGAAAUGUCGAAAUGAGGUAGUCUUCAAUGGAGUGGUUGUGCAAGCUGGCGACGCAGUGACUAUUUUACUGAAGCAAGUGGCGGAAUUCAAUGCUGCGCAUGUGGUUGAUUCCACGCAAGGGAUGGCGCAGAAUGCAUUGGCUGCAUCUGGAUCACUCCGGCCUAGAUUUCUCCUUCCCCAAGUUCUGUUAAGCUCAAUUGUGAUGGUGCAUGGGCGGUGGCACGAGAGAUUUGUGCUGCGUGUCGGCUCUAAUGGUGGAGGCGGCGGUGUGGGAAGCUCUAAUCCGUUGCUUGGAAUUUGGGAAGCUAGCAAGGACGUGAAGAUUGAAGGGAUUCUUUUUGAUGUUCUAUAUGUCUGA